CUGAAACGCCAUUAAUACAUGCUGAUACCUCCAAAUUCUGUCUCUUAUCUCCUUCACUAUCAAGAUAAAUACGUCACCAGCUCCAAACUUAGCUACUUUCUUGCAGCAUUGCUCCUAGACAACCGACACUUUUCUCUAUAUAUCACUAGAGCGAGCUUAUAGUAUAUAAUUUUUGUCUUUAUAUUAUAAGUAGUGAUAUUUUCUGGAGUUCAAAGUAUGGGUAACGCAGAUUAUGAAUGCCCACAUCGUGUUGCAAUUCCUCCGUCGAAACCAUUUUUGAAGUCACUAAAGUCCGGUCUCAAAGAGACUUUUUUCCCUGAUGACCCUUUUAGGCAAUUCAAAAACCAACCGGCGUCUAGGAAGUUUCUAUUAGGAUUACAGUACUUUGUGCCGAUUCUUGAAUGGGCACCUCGCUACACUUUUGAGUUCUUCAAAUCUGAUCUUAUUUCUGGAGUUACUAUUGCCAGCCUUGCUGUUCCUCAAGGGAUAAGUUAUGCAAGCUUGGCCAACUUACCACCAAUUAUCGGAUUAUAUUCGAGCUUUGUUCCACCAUUGGUAUAUGCCAUGAUGGGCAGCUCCAGAGAUUUGGCAGUGGGUACGGUGGCGGUUGCAUCACUUUUAAUAGCUUCUAUGUUAGGGAGGGAAGUUAGUCCUACUGAGAACCCUAAGCUUUAUGUUCAACUAGCUCUCACUGCUACUUUCUUCGCCGGAGUUUUCCAAGCCGCCCUGGGCUUUUUAAGGCUUGGUUUCAUAGUGGACUUUCUAUCACAUGCAACAAUAGUGGGCUUCAUGGCUGGAGCCGCCACAGUUGUCUGUCUUCAGCAACUCAAAGGAAUCCUUGGACUGGUUCGCUUCACUCAUGCCACUGAUCUUGUAUCAGUUAUGCGCUCCGUUUUUAGCCAAACACACCAGUGGAGAUGGGAGAGUGGCGUCUUGGGGUGUUGUUUCCUUUUCUUCCUUCUCCUCACAAGAUAUUUCAGCAAGAAAAAGCCAGCGUUCUUCUGGAUAAAUGCAAUGGCACCUCUGACGUCUGUUAUUCUAGGAAGCGUCCUUGUCUACUUCACUAAUGCUGAGAAACAUGGAGUCCAAGUGAUUGGACACUUGAAAAGGGGAUUGAAUCCACCAUCAGUCUCGGAGUUGGCUCUAGGUUUUGGGUCACCGUAUCUGACCACAGCUAUUAAAACUGGAGUAAUAACUGGUGUGAUUGCUCUUGCUGAAGGAAUAGCAGUUGGGAGAAGUUUUGCCAUGUUCAAGAACUAUCACAUAGAUGGGAACAAAGAGAUGAUUGCCAUUGGGAUGAUGAAUAUUGCUGGCUCUUGCACUUCUUGCUACUUAACAACAGGGCCAUUUUCGAGGACAGCAGUGAAUUUCAAUGCAGGGUGCAAGAGUGCAGUGUCGAAUAUAGUAAUGGCCACAGCUGUGAUGUUGACAUUGCUAUUCCUAACGCCUUUGUUCCAUUACACUCCUCUUGUUGUGCUUUCAUCUAUAAUUAUUUCUGCAAUGCUUGGCCUAAUUGACUAUGAAGCUGCCCUUCACCUUUGGAAACUCGACAAAUUUGACUUCAUUGUAUGCAUGAGUGCAUAUGCCGGUGUGGUCUUUGGCAGUGUUGAGAUUGGCUUAGUCGUUGCAGUUGCAAUAUCUUUACUGAGAGUGUUGCUCUCUGUAGCAAGGCCUAGAACAUUUGUUUUAGGCAACAUUCCCAACUCUGUAAUCUAUAGAAGUAUCGAUCAAUACCCAGUUGCCAACAAUGUUCCUGGAAUGCUUAUCCUUCAGAUUGAUUCAUCAAUCUAUUUUGCCAAUGCAAGCUACUUAAGAGAAAGGAUUUCGAGAUGGAUUUAUGAGGAGGAAGACAGAGUAAAGGUUUCAGGAGAAACCAGCUUACACUACGUCAUAAUAGAUAUGAGCAAUGUUGGAAGCAUUGAUACAAGUGGAAUCAGCAUGCUUGAAGAAGUCAAGAAGACUAUUGAUAGAAGAGGUCUCAAGCUGGUGUUGGCGAACCCACGAAGCGAAGUGAUCAAGAAGCUAGACAAGUCCAAGUUCGUUGAAAACAUUGGACAGGAAUGGAUGUAUUUGACAGUAGGAGAGGCUGUUGCCACAUGCAAUUUCAUGCUACACACAUGCAAAUCAUCAUCAAACCCUGGACCUGAAUAUAACUCACAAGAUAAUAUUGUCUAAUUUACGGAUCAUGUAAACCUCUGAGAAGCACCAUUCCUAAUCUUAUUCAUCAAAGAGCAAGAAUGAGAUUGUUUUCAAGGCGCUUAUAAGUCUUAAAACUUAUGUAAUACUAUACACGCAAUAAGAUACUAGUUAUUACUGCUGCUUUCAUGAGAAAUUGACUUAU